AUGUCGACUGAUAAGAUCACCUUCCUGGCAAACUGGCACGCUACGCCAUACCACGCUCCGCUUUACCUGGCCCAGGCCAAGGGCUUCUUCAAGGAUGAAGGCAUCAAAGUCGCCUUGCUCGAGCCCAAUGACCCCAGUGACGUCACCGAAAUCAUCGGCACUGGGAAGGUCGAUCUUGGGUUCAAGGCCAUGAUCCACACCCUCGCGGCCAAAGCCCGCAACUUCCCGGUCGUGUCCAUCGGCAGCCUCCUGGACGAGCCGUUCACGGGCGUGGUGUACCUCAAGUCGUCGGGCAUCACCCCCGACUUCCGCACCCUGAAGGGCCGGCGGAUCGGCUACGUCGGCGAGUUCGGCAAGAUCCAGAUCGACGAGCUGACCUCGCACUACGGCAUGUCGCCGACCGACUACACGGCCGUUCGCUGCGGCAUGAACGUGUCCAAGGCCAUCAUCAAGGGCGAGAUCGACGCCGGCAUCGGCCUGGAGAACGUGCAGAUGGUCGAGCUGGAGGAGUGGCUGGCCUCGCAGGGCCGGCCCCGCACCGAUGUGCAGAUGCUGCGCAUCGACGAGCUCGCCGAGCUGGGCUGCUGCUGCUUCUGCUCGAUCCUGUACAUCGGCAACGAAGCCUUCGUCGCCGAGAACCCGGACCGCGUGCGCGCCUUCAUGCGCGCCGUCAAGCGCGCCACCGACUUUGUCAUCGCGCAGCCCGAGUCCGCCUGGGCCGAGUACGUCGACUUCAAGCCCGCCAUGGGCACGCCGCUCAACCGCAAGAUCUUCGAGCGCAGCUACGCCUACUUCUCCAAGGACCUGAAGAACGUCGCCCGCGACUGGGAGAAGGUCACCCGGUACGGCAAGCGCCUCGGCGUUCUGGACGCCGCCUUCGAGCCAAACUACACCAACGAGUUCCUCGAGUGGGCCCUAGACGCGGACUCGGCCGACCCGACCGGCGACCAGAAGAGGAUGGUCGAGCUGCAGAACGAGGUCGCUCUCAAGGGCGGCUUCCAGCGCCUCGAGGUGCUCGGGACCGGGGUCCAAGCUUGA